AGGAGGCUCGCGCACGAGAGCAAUCCGUGUGUCUUACAGGCCGGGGAUGUGAGCGAGGGGCGACAAUAAUGGGGAAUAACCGGGACCCCGGUGCUCUGGAGUGGACACAACGACUGGACGGUGAUCAUCAAGGGGGUUAACGUGAAGAUCAGUCAUCCCGAGAGUGUUUUACACUGAUUUGGCGAGCCUUGAUGGAUUACUUUGGGCUCAAUGAUCAAUUGAUUGCCGCCGGAGACCAGAUAAAGCGCAUAUAAAUAUACUGGAUACAAUUUAUCCAUUUCCAUGGCGUUAUCACCCACCCAGAGCCAAGCAGGUCACCUGGACCCAGGACUAAAGCGGGCUCACCGGGUCUAAAGCGCUCGAUUUGUCGUGAUUGAGGCGAUGUUCGCGUCUUGCCUCGAUCUGCGCAGCGCGAUUUCAGCACCACCGCAGCUGGACAGCGACCGCAUGGACCGAGCGCUCGAUCCCAGCCGUCAAAACUCGCCAGACUCCGCCGCGGAAAACCAGACCCUCACGCUGCUACACACCGCGCACGGGGGGCUCGGCAUGGCUCUGGAGGAGGAGCUGGCCAUGCUCACCCGCGAGCGGGAGGAGGAUCUGGAGAUAUCCGCCUCAGAGACACCUGUGAGCGGACAGGACUCUGACCUACUGUCGCUCUUCCGGCAGAAGGAGAAGGACUUGGUCCUCGCUGCUAAACUGGGCAAAGCUCUACUUGAACGAAACCAAGACCUCACAAAGCAAUAUGACAAAAUGACCAAGGAUUUAAACGACAAACUGGAGCUCCUGGAGCAGGAGAAGCAUGAGCUGCGGCGGCGUCUGGAGAGCCGUGAGGGCGAGUGGGAAGGCCGGGUGGCUGAACUGGAGACAGAUGUGCAACACCUGCAGGGGGAGCUGGAGAGACAUCAGGUGCAGCUGCGAGAGGCCGACCGCGACAAGAGCCGAGCCAUCAGCGAGCUGUCAGAACAAAACCAUCGACUGCUGGAGCAGCUCAGCAGGGCCGCCGAGGUGGAGAAACAGUUGUCUACUCAGGUCCAUUCUUUACGGGAUGAUUUCAAAGAGAAAAGCAUCUCCACCAACCAGCACAUGACACGCCUUGAGACCCUACAAGCCGAGCAAGGGCUUGAAAUAAAGAUGUUGUCAGAACGUAAGCAGGAACUGGAGCGACGCGUGAAUGCAAUGCUGGAGGAGAACGAGCAGCUGCAGCACACGGUGGACGAGCUGAGAGAGCGAACGCUGGUCCUGGAGAAACAGUGUCACCAGAAGGACCUACAGCUGCGCCAGAGUCAGCUGGAGCUGCAGGAAGUGCGUGUGUCUCACCGGCAGCUGAGCGCUCGUCUGGAGGAGCUGACGGAGGAACGCAGUCUACAGGGCUUCAGUCCGAACCCACACAGCAUCCUCUGUGAGAUCGAGCAGAGCAUGGAGCAGGAGGAGCUGGAGCAGGAGAGAGAGCAGCUCCGGCUGCAGCUGUGGGAGGCUUACUGUCAGGUGCGCUCCAUCUGCUCCCAGCUGAGAGGAAAUGACAUCACAGACUCCGCCUUAUCCACAGACUCGUCCAUGGAUGAGUCUUCAGAGACCCUGUCUGCUAAAGACGUCCCCACGGGGAGUUUGCACGCUAAUCUUCUGGAGCUGCGCAGACUCACGCAAAACCUGCUGGACGGCAAUGAAUCUACGGGUUCACGGCGCAGUGAUGAGGAGGUUCUGGAGGAGCAGGUGCGUAAAUUGAGCGAGGAGCUGCGAGAGCUUCGAGAACUGUACGAACAGGAGCAGGAAAAAACACACAACAGCCAGGAAGAGGUGCUACAGCUCCAUAAUCAGGUGGCGCUGCUCUCGGUGGAAGUUUCUUCUUCAAGAGAGGAGAACGAGCGCUUGAGAGCGAUGGCAGAAGUACACGAGCCCAACGAACACUUACAGAGCGCUAUACGAGACAGAGAUGAAGCCAUUGCCAAGAAGAAAGCUGUGGAGAUGGAGCUGGCGAAGUGUAAGAUAGACAUCAUGUCUUUGAACAGUCAGCUGUUGGAUGCGAUACAGCAGAAACUCAACCUGUCUCAGCAGUUAGAAGCCUGGCAGGAUGAUAUGCACAGAGUUAUCGAUCAACAGCUGAUGGAUAAACACCAGGAGGAGUGGAAGGAUCCUCCGUACUCCUUCAACGGGUCACGAGGAGGAGCUCCAUCCAGACGAGCGCAUCGCCUCUCGGACGGAGACAAGCGCCUCUUUUCAUUCUUCAAGAAGAACUGAGAUUAUCUGAAGACAUGGAGAAAGAGAGUGUGAGAACAGACGUGAGAGAAGGGUACAACAAACGACAAAGAAAGUCUAAAUCACUAGAUCAGUGGUUCUCAACUGGGUUUGAUCAUCAAAAACCAAAAUUAUUUAUUGUACAAAAGUAACAACAAAAACAAACAAACCUUAAAAUACAACUCUGAAAUGCAUUAAAUAGUUGCAUUAAUGAACUCACAAAAUUCAGAUAAAAACUUAGAUUCAUGUAUUUGAAUUGCAUAUAAAUUUCCAUCCAUUUGGACAGUUUUAACAUAAACUAAUAAAUCUAAUGUGAUGCAUAUUUAUCAGUUAAACAAAAAUAAAACAGGUUUCUGAAAAAGAUUUCUAUAAUUUUACAAACACAGUAACCAGGUUUAAACAUUGAUCAUUAAUAAAUCAAAAUUAACUGAAUAUUGCUUGUUCAAUGGCCAUAAUGUAACUUUUUUUUUAUACUUUUUAACUAAAUUAAUUUAAUUGUUUUCACAAUGAACGGAAGCAAUUAAAAUAAAUGCAUUUUGAAAAUAAAAUUAAAUAGAUGCAAAUGUAUAAUAAUAAACUAUGCCAUGCUGUUUUGGAGUGAUUUGUUUAGUUUAUUAGUUUGUUUAUAUUAAAACUGUGCAAUCCAAAUAGAUUUGUUGAUAAUACAUUUAUGAACCUGCUAUUGUGUAUUUAAAACACAUUCAGUUCAGUUAGUACUGUUACAGAAAACUGACCUUUAUUUUAUGCAAUUUAUGCAAAUACAUAAAUCUUAAAUCUAAGAUUAAAUAUUUCGGUAACACUUAAAGUCUGUAUAUAUAAUGCAUUAUUUUAAAGAAGUUGUUAUGCAUUCAUUUUUGCCUCAUAAUGAGCUUUACAAGGCAUAAUGCACUGUUUGAUGUCAUGAAUAAUUGUAACCACGGUUAUGAUACAUUAUAAUACUUAUGUAUUAUACUUACUCAUUGUUACACCUUAAGAAUAUAUAAUGCAUUAAAACGCAUGAUACACAAACCUUCAGAUAUUAUAAAGCAUUUUAACUUUGGUUACAAUUUUACAGGUAGGUUCAAUUUCUGAACAGAUAUAAUGCAUUACAACGUUCACGUUGAAUACCUUUAAUAUGAAUUAUACAUAAAGGCUUUAAGUGUUACAUAGGUUUUAUGUUGUCUGCCUGCACCCAGUAAUUGACUGUAAAAACACUUAUUUCGGGUCCCGAGCCACCGGCUGAGAACCACUGCACUGACAAACCCAGUUCUCUGAUGGCUUUGAGCCGUUUUGCACUUUAUCUGUACCCACAAUCCUCCCUCAGAAAGCUUUAGGAGCAGAACACAAAUCUCGUCUGACAGGAUGAAGCCCUGCGGCAGGGUCUGUUUAACAGGGUUCCCAGAAUUCUCCAGUCCUCUCAGAGGUCUGUAUCCCCUGCGAGUGCCUCGGAAAGCUUCUCCUCACCUCACUGCCAGAGAUUCACGGAGGCACAUCACGGCAUUCGCUAGAGACUCAACUCAGGAGGUUUCAGCAUCACCAUGACGUUUCAGGCCCAGACGGAAUCUGUGGACGUCUUUUGCAUUUUCUGUGCUGAUUUGGGGACCAAAAAAUAUGAGAGUACUGCAGUAUUAUUGAAAAUAAGAUGAAUGUCAUAAAUCAGCAUCAAUUUGUCCGUUUGGGACACAGAUUGGGUGUGGGCCUGAUUAUAGAUGAUGUUUGAACGCUGCAACUUUAAAAUCAGAAACAGCUACAGACGUUCUGCUCUUGGGUUCAUUCACAGAGCUGUUUUAUAUAAAACUAAUGAAUGUCAUUAACUUUCUAACAACCACAUGAAUAUAAUAUAAGAUCAACUUUCAGCAGCUGCUUAGAAUCCAAAACUUAUAAAAGCACGCAACACAAACAAAUAACAAUGCAACAGGAAAUUAGUCGUGGCUAUUUUAUCAAACAUAUCUGCUUGUUUUUUAGCACAUAUCUGGAGAAAAUGUCCUCAGGACUGCUUGAUUAUAAACGUCAGGCUGUCUGCGUCACAAUCUGACGCCAAUGAACCAAAGAGCAGAAGUGUUGAGCUGUAAUUGUAGACUGCGUCUGAAAAACUUUUACACAUGUACAAACAGUAUAAAUCAGAGAGAAACACCAAACUGAAGACACCAUUAGAUGAUGUCAGUCCUCAGAGAUGCACUGAAACUGCGGCUGUGUUCAGAAUUAAAUACUACUGCGCCGUACACUACACACAAAUAAUAAUGUGACACUGUAUGCAGAAUGGAACAAUAUUUCUUGCAUUGCAAUCACCAAAAAUUCCAAUGUAUUUUUUUUUUUCAUUGGUCAAAAAACUGUCACUACACUAGGAAAAGUCUGUAAAAAUAGGGCAGAGUGAAGUGUUAAUAUGACUUAACAGCUGAUGUCCUGUCAGAAAAUCACCAGUACCUUUUCCCACUUUUAAAAA